CUCCAGCCCCGCCUGGAGCCACGGGCAGGGCGGAGCGGGCGGCGCCUGGAUUCUACGUCAUCACCCGGGCGGGCGCGGGCCGCGGCUGACGCCAUCAUCCCGGCACCUGCCAACAUGGAAGGCGGCGACGGCGGCGCUGCUGGGGCUGGCCGUGGAGCUCCGGGCUGCGGAGCGGCUGCAGCGACAGUCCGAGAGCUCCUGCAGGACGAGUGUUACAGUGAUUUUUUAAAUGAAGACUUUGAUGUAAAGACUUAUACUUCCCAGUCUAUUCAUCAAGCUGUGAUUGCUGAGCAACUAGCAAAACUUGCUCAAGGAAUCAGUCAGUUGGAUAAAGAACUACACUUACAGGUUGUUGCAAGACAUGAAGAUUUAUUGGCACAAGCAACUGGGAUUGAGUCUUUGGAAGGUGUUCUUCAGAUGAUGCAGACAAGAAUUGGGGCUUUACAGGGAGCUGUUGAUAGGAUGAAAGCAAAAAUUAUUGAGCCAUACAAUAAAAUAGUAGCCCGUACUGCUCAACUAGCAAGACUUCAGGUUGCCUGUGAUUUGCUUCGGAGAAUAAUUCGCAUCUUGUAUCUCAGUAAGAGACUCCAAGGACAACUGCAGGGGGGAAGUAGAGAGAUAACAAAAGCUGCUCAGAGUCUCAAUGAACUUGAUUAUCUUUCUCAAGGAAUAGAUCUUUCUGGAAUUGAAGUAAUAGAAAAUGAUCUACUUUUUAUUGCAAGAGCUCGACUCGAAGUGGAAAAUCAAGCUAAGCGUCUACUAGAGCAGGGUGUGGAGACUCAGAAUCCAACCCAGGUCGGAACAGCUCUUCAGGUUUUCCACAAUCUUGGAACUUUGAAGGAUACCAUUACCAGUGUCGUGGACGGAUACUGUGCUGCUGUAGAAGAAAAUAUCAGCAGUGCAUUAGACAUCAAAGUUCUGACUCAGCCUUCCCAGUCAGCUGUGAGAGGGGGACCUGGACGAUCUACCAUGCCAACCCCAGGAAACACUGCAGCGUUUCGUGCAUCCCUCUGGACAAAUUUGGAAAAACUUGUGGAUAAUAUCUAUACUGUAUGUGGACAGGUACAUCAUUUACAAAAAAUAUUAGCCAAGAAGAGAGAUCCUGUUUCUCACAUUUGUUUCAUUGAAGAAAUAGUUAAGGAUGGACAAUCUGAAAUACUAUACACAUUUUGGAACUCAGUUACUCAAGCACUUUCUUCUCAAUUUCAUACAGCAACAAAUUCUUCUAUGUUUUUGAAGCAGGCAUUUGAAGGAGAAUACCCUAAAUUGUUGCGUCUUUAUAAUGACUUAUGGAAGCGUCUUCAACAAUACAGCCAAAGUAUUCAAGGAACAUUUAAUUCAAGUGGAACUACAGACCUGUAUGCUGACAUGCACUACAUGGAAGAUGAUACACAAGAUGGAUUUUUACCCAAAAAGCCAGAUUAUGAUCCAGAAAAGGCUUUGAAAGACUCGCUGCAACCCUAUGAGGCUGCUUAUCUAUCAAAAUCUUUAUCUCGACUCUUUGAUCCCAUCAACUUGGUUUUUCCCCCUGGUGGUCGUAAUCCUCCUUCUGCUGAUGAACUUGAAGGUAUCAUUAAGACUAUAACAAGUGAACUGAAUGUAGCUGCUGUUGAUGUAAACCUCACAUUAGCGGUGUCAAAAAACGUGGCAAAGACCAUCCAGUUGUAUGGUGUAAAAUCAGAACAGCUGCUCUCCACACAAGGAGAUGCAAGUCAGGUGAUUGGACCUCUUACCGAAGGGCAGAGGAGAAAUGUGGCAGUAGUGAAUUCACUCUAUAAGUUGCACCAAUCGGUAACAAAGGUGGUUUCCAGUCAGAGCUCAUUCCCACCAGCAGCUGAGCAAACUAUAAUUUCAGCCCUAAAGGGGAUCCACGCUCUCAUGGGAAGUGCCGUGCAGCCCUUACUGACUUCGGUGGGAGAUGCUGUAGAGGCCAUAAUCAUCACCAUGCAUCAGGAAGAUUUUUCUGGAUCAUUACCCAGCUCAGGAAAGCCUGAUGUUCCCUGUUCUCUCUAUAUGAAGGAGCUUCAGGGUUUCAUUGCCAGAGUUAUGAGUGACUACUUUAAACACUUUGAAUGCGUGGAUUUUGUCUUUGACAACACUGAAGCUAUUGCCCGAAGAGCAAUUGAACUUUUUAUUCGCAAUGCCAGUCUCAUAAGACCUCUUGGUGAAGGUGGGAAAAUGCGCCUUGCUGCUGAUUUUGCACAGAUGGAGUUGGCUGUGGGUCCAUUCUGCAGAAGAGUAUCUGAUUUAGGAAAGUCCUACCGAAUGCUGAGAUCAUUCAGACCACUGCUCUUCCAGACAAGUGAACACGUGGCCAGCAGCCCUGCGCUGGGGGACAUUAUUCCAUUCAGUGUCGUCAUUCAGUUUUUGUUCACAAGAGCACCUGCUGAGCUGAAAUCCCCCUUCCAGAGGGCGGAAUGGUCCCACGCGCGCUUCUCCCAGUGGCUGGAUGAUCAUCCCUCUGAGAAGGACAGGCUCCUCCUCAUCAGGGGAGCCCUGGAAGCUUAUGUUCAAUCAGUAAGAAGCAGAGAAGGCAAAGAAUUUGCACCAGUUUAUCCCAUCAUGGUUCAGCUGCUUCAAAAAGCUACGUCUGCUCUUCAGUAAUAACGUGAAAUCUUUCCUCAUCUCAUUUUGUGCUAACCUGAACAAGGCUGGCAAUUAAAUUGUAACGCAUUACUUCUAGAAGACAGCUACUAUCUCCAAGUUUAAGACUGUAAUUGACUUUCCUGUUUUUCUUACUGAUCGUUUUGUUUACCUCUUAAACUCUUCCACCUUAAGUAGCAUAAAAUGUCAAAAUUCAUCAACUUCAAACUCCAUGGACCUGAUCUUUCCAGGACAGCCAACUCUUUUCUAUGAGGUGGGUUAAAAUUUCUUUCCCAUCACAUAACAAGAGUCCCCACUGCUUCUUAAGGGAUAUGAUCAAGUUUAUAGUAAAGAUGCUUUUUUAUCCUCACUGGAUAAAUGUACACAGCCUAGUGCUUUCCAUACUUGGCUGCACAUUAGAAUCACUGGUAGCUUUAUAAAAAAAAAAUGAUGCCCAAUUUGUAUCUCAUAUUAACAUGCCUAGGGGUAGGAGCCAGGCAUUAGUAUUUAAAAAAAAAAAAGCA